AUGCUGAUUGACAGCCCGACUUCGUGGCCGGGACAGUCUCCUGCUCCUGAUCCGCCAGGAGGGAGAGGGGAGGGGCGGGAUUUCCUGCGGGAGGCGCCGAGCCGGCCUCGGAAAGGAGGAGAAAGGGCUUGGGGGGGGGGUGUCCGUGGGAGCCUCCGUCCAGAGUACCGGGGACCGGGCAAGGCCAGCCGGACCCCCGGCGGGGCGGCAGGGAGAGGUGAGCCUGCGACGCCUGAGCCGGGGGGUCAGCACCCCGGGAACGGACGCAAACUAACUUUUCUUGUGCGAUCGGCGGGAGCCUCCAUCUCCCCGCUCCUUCCGUUUUCCUCGAGCCCCCUUUUCUUCGCACUCUGGCACCUAUCCCCGCGACUCCCGGCCCUCCGGGUCCCCGGCGCCGCUUUGUUCCCAGGGUCUGCCCGGGCUGGGCUGGGGGAGUUGCGCGGCGCUGGAGGGGCAUUCCGAGGGGCGGGGGAGCCCGCCGACCCCCAGGCACUGCCAGGAGCACCCUCCCCCAGUGCGGGGCUUCGAGGGGGAGUGCCCUCGGGCUUGGGCUUGCGACUUCUGGGGAACGUGGAGCUCCCCGCCUGGGCCCCAGGCCUGCGCGGGUCUCAUGCCACAAGACUGGCAACCAGUUAA